AUGCAAUUUUCCGAUGAAGAAGAUGAACCAACCGCAUCAGCUUUACCAACACCAUCGCCCGUUAAAAAGAAUAAAGCAGGAAAGUUUGUCGGGACCUGCCAAAAGACCAUCAUCAUUAAUUUGUACAAAAAAUAUCUUCUUCAACAACCAAAAAUGAAAUACAUAGAUAUAAUGAUGUCGUUGUCAAAUGAUACAGGGAUUGGUAUAACCACUGUAAAAAGAACAAUUCGGGAUUACAGACAAAAAGGUGUAGUUUGUUCACCUAACAAAAAAAAACAAAGAUUAACCAUCAUCGAGAAAAUUGAAGAUUUUGAUAAGAAUGCUAUUCGGCAAAAAAUACAUGGAUUCUGGUACAGGCAUGAAAUACCUACGUUAAGUAAAGUGUUGGUUGCCAUUAACGAAGAUUCGAGUCUUCCAACUUUAUCUCGUACUGGUUUGUAUCGGCUGUUGGGAGAUUUAAAUUUUGAAUUCACUAAAAGACAGCGUAAUAGUGCACUAACAGAGAGGGAAGAUCUUAUAAGGUGGCGCAGGAAAUUCAUUACAAAUAUAAGGCUCUAUAGAAGUGAAGGUCGAACAAUUUAUUAUCUCGAUGAGACGUGGGUCAAUGCAGGUGAGUGUGCAAAUAAAGUGUGGGUCGACAAAACCGUAACAUCGAGUCGUGAUGCUUUUUUGAAAGGACUGACUACGGGACCCAAAAAUCCAACAGGUAAAGGAAAACGAUUGAUUGUGGUACAUAUAGGUUCAUCAAACGGUUUCGUCGAGGGUGGUCUACUGUGUUUUGAAUCAAAAAAAAAUACAGCAGACUACCACGACGAAAUGAACGGUGAUUCCUUUUAUGAUUGGUUUUGUGGAAUUUUACCGCUGUUGGACGAUCAUUCAAUUAUCGUAAUGGAUAAUGCGUCUUACCACUCGGUCAAGCUGGAUCCCGCACCAACAAUGGCUUGGAAGAAAAAUAAAAUCAUUCAGUGGUUGGAGGAUAAGAAUGUAGUAGUUGACACGAAAAUGAUUAAACUAGACUUAAUCGAUAAGGUAAAAGAGAUUCGAGCCACUGAAAAGUAUGUUAUUGAUGAAAAAGCAAUGGAAACAAAUAAAAUUGUCCUGCGUUUGCCACCUUACCACUGUGAGUUGAACCCAAUAGAAUUGGCAUGGUCUGUGGUAAAAAAUCAUGUGAAGCAGAAUAAUACUACGUUCAAAUUAAAUGAUGUACGGCAAUUGCUGAUCGAUGGUGUUCAACGAGUUACUCCGGAAAUGUGGGCCAAUUUUGUAAAACACACAAUUAAAGAAGAGGAUAAGAUGUGGGGUAUUGAGACCAUUACCGAUGAAAUGCUUGAUGAACUAGUUCCAACAUCUCAACAUGUUCUAACGAUCACAGGAGAAACGAGUACCGAUUCCUCAGAUUGA